UGAAACUAUAAGAGGCCAUGCUGAGAUGACGAGAGAGACAGCUGAGCGCAGCAGUAACAAACAGUUCCGCCAAGUUUGUUUCUAAGAUGAGACCUCAUUUAAGGACAAGAAACACACGGCAUCGGUAUAUUGCUGGGGGAGCGAGUUUACAGUGAGAGAGGAGCAGGCACAGAGGCUGCCUGUUAACCCUCCUUUCUUCCAGUCUUCCAGUGUGUUCAAGGUACAUCGGGCUGCAGCCAGGAUGUUUCGCAAGGCAACCAAAGACCUGGCAAAGCAGUUGGCUCCAGAUGGAGAUCUGCUCCCAGUUAGCAGCCUUAUCGACCAAGAUCACUUCAGACCCCUAUACCUCGUUCGAAGGAAACCAAAGAGAUACUGGAUGAUUCAUCACCGCUACUACAAAACAGGAGUUAGGCUCAGUGACAUUCUGGUACCUGGACAGGACAGCAGAAAUCUAGGGUUUCUCUCCCCCCUCCCCACAGAUGUCCAGGAUUCUCACACAAUCACUGUUGAGGAUUGCACUGAUAGCAGAGUAGAGUGCACUAUUAAGAUGCCUGAAGACUUUGUGAGUAUGGAAGUGACUGGAGCUGCCAGCACCUACCAAGUGAAGUCCAUCAAGAUGAAAACAGCACGGGUCAGCCCAGCAGCCCUGGAGAUUCUACUAAAAGAAAGGAAAAUCAACAUGGACCAUUCCUUCAUUAAGGAUUUAAGGAAGCACAGAGAGAACUUGUAUAUGAUCAAUGAGGCUGUUCAGGCUUUGGAGGAGACCCCAUUAUACAAGGCCAACACCAUGGAAGGCAACAUUCGGAAUGACAUCUGUGUCCAUUUUUCAUUAAAGGGCACCAGAAGCAGCAAGAGUGUCAUAGUUAUCCCUAAGGACUGUGUCCUGGCAUUCAGAAUCAAGCCGCUAAUUAUCCAAAGUGAAUCAUGGGGUAUUUCCCAUCAUCCAGAUGAUGAAACAUUCGUUGCAGACGGUGUAACAGCGGAAUCUGAUUACUUUCAAGACGGAGGAAUGGAAGGCCUGCAGAGUGACGUUGAAAAGGAAUGUGCAGAGCUCUCUCAGUUGUCCACAGAUCUGCGUGCCAAGUUCUUAAAAUCAAUCAUAGCCGUGAUAAUAAACAGCGACCUCUUGCAAGAACUCCAACUCAAGCUAGAAGAGGUUUUUGAAGAUGCUGAUAAAUGUGAGCUAAAGAGUGAGAAUCCAGACCUGGAAGACCUGCUAAACAAUUUACAGGAUUCUGAAGGAAGCACACAUCUUUACCUUGUUGGGCCGGUUCUCUACACUCUAUACGCACUUGGUGAGCUAACUGAAGAUCAGUUACUGCGGCUGGCACAGUCUGUGGAGAAGCAGAUUGUAUCCAAACAGCUUGAGCUGGUCAAGAGCAUCUUGAAGCAAGAUUUCCACCUGAAACAUGCUUUCAGCCUGGACGCCAAGCUGCUCUCCUGCCUGCAAGAGGAGGAACUGAACAUAACCAAGGCAAUGAUAGAGCUGGGUGGAGUAACGCUGCAGAGAAAUGGACCUUCUUUCACUGGGACUGGAGACCUGGCUGCCUUCUCAGCCCUCAGUGCAUUGUAUGUAGCCUUGUAUGCUUUACAUCUUCUGUCUAGAUCAGACUAGACAUGACACCUUUCCUCACACUAGAAGGGAUGUCAAUAGAAAGACUGAAAAAAUAUUUCCUGAGGUUGAUUAUGGAAAGUGAGUUUUUCUCUACAAAAAGAAUCCCAAAUUUUAUACACACCCACACACUGCAGCAACCUUCCUUGGUCUGGAUGAGACUCUCAUCAUAUCUCCUCAAUGCUGCUUCUAGAUCAGUGGGUGGGAGAAGGGGAUUGUUGCAAGUUGCCUGGCAGCCAAAGGAAGCGAAAAACCACAACCAAAAAUUAAAACAGGCUCCCUCAUGAGAACCCAUGGACCAGGAUGUCAUGAGCUUGUCUGCCUGAUUUUGGCAGAACCUGCCAAUAGGAGCUGGCGGGUAGGGAGCGGUGCCUGCGGGCGAGAGCCGUGCGGAGCCGCUUGCGCGCCUGUGUCUAGGAGCUGGACCUGCUGCUGGCCGCUUCAGGCGCAGUGCGGUUCACAGUGCCAGGACGGGUGGGAAAUCUGUCUCUGGCACCCCAGCUGCGCUGCUGACUGGGCGCCGCUGGAGGUAAGUCUGCACCCCAACCCUAAUGUUACACUGCAUAUGGAAACGAUCGGGGGGCACAACCCCCUAGAGAACAGCCACUAAUUAUAACCUGUAAGUAAUGGAGUAAGCCCUCCCCGCUACUCUACCAGACAACCUGGACCCAACCUUCUCAGGCCCACUAUAAUGGGAAGUCCGGAACACUAAUUGGAAUAGGCGUGGUAUGCCCGUAUGAGAGAAGGUGCAGGGCGCAGUACUACACAAGAGGCAGAUGGAGUAUCAACACCUUCCACCUUAAUGCCUGGCCCUAUCAGGAAGUGUGUUGCCUUAUGUCCUAUGCUUUUCCAGGGAUACCUGGGCCGGAGGAUCCCAAAAGAAAAGGAAAAGAAAGGAAGGUGGAGUGUCAGGAUACAGAUAUUCAGGCCUGUCUGUAAUCGCCCAUACUUUAAGAAUUUAGGUACAUGUUUAUCACUUCGUUAGUUAUAGAGAUAUAAAAGAAUCAAAAUCACUGUCUGCCGGUGUAAGGGCCUUUUCUCACUGUGACAGUUUGAGGCCCUGUUCUUAAACUAAGGCCUUUGGCUAAGCAGUGGGAGCAGCCAUAAGCUGGAAAGUGUCAUGUCAUCACACAUUUCAAACCAGGCAUAUUGAAAUAAGGCAAUCUGGGGCUGUUAGAAAGGGGAUCCGUUCUAUCACCUCCAGAUAAAGGGAAGAGCCUAGAAGAUGUAAAAGGAAAUUUAGUUUGAUAGUUUUCUGUUUGGUAAGAACUCACUUACCAAUAGACAUAGUUGGGAAGCCCUUAUGCCUUUAUAGAUGUAGUUGUGAAAUCCUCACUUCUGUAUUGUUUUGUCAUUAUAGUUCAUAUAAUUGUAUUAUAGUCGCUAUUGUUUAUCUGCAUGGUCUCUGUCUGGUUCUGUGAUUGUUUCUGUCUGCUGUAUAAUUAAUUUUGCUGGGUGUAAACUAAUUAAG